AUGGAAAUCACCUGGAUGCUCGGGGUCUGCUACCUGGGUGCCGUUCUGGACUGUGAUGGCCAGCUCUGCCGGCGGCACGUACCCGACGAGACUCGGGGCGCGCUUCUUCUUUUGCGGCAUAACGUUGGUGCCAUUGAGCACCCGAACAUCAGCGAGGAGUGCACCGUAUUCAGACAGGGAAGUGGAUUCGCCUCGGACAAAACGGGCGCAGCGUCAGCUACCUCGGACGGGACCGUGUAG